AUGUCUUCUACUCUCACCACCGUCUACGAGUGCGUCCCCGUCUCCACUCUCACUGAGUCCACCUCGCAGAUCCGCAUCCGGAGCCCUUCCUCUAUCAACCUCCCCGACGUCCAGUACACCUACGACGCCGACGUCUCGGACAACGACUCCUACCACGCCCCCGAAAUUGCCCAAUCCCGUGCACCCACUCCAGUCUCCCAUGAAAGCACCAUCCCCAUUGACAAACACUCUGAGUCCCACUGGGACUGGAGCAACGCCAGCGCCAAAGAAAUGGAGUGGAAGUACCGCGAGACCACAUACCUCCAGCGACUCUCUGAAAUCCGCAACGACUACAGUGCCGUCGAACUCCUCACGCAACUUGCCCAGGAAGAGGACAAUGCCACGAAGAUAUUUGCAAGGACUGUCGCGAGCUUCCAUGCUCUCAACAAGCAAUUCACCGACACUCAUCACACCGCUGUGGACCUGAACUCGUCAUCACCCCCAUCAUAUGAGUCCGACCGCCACAUCUCCACCAAGAAGUUGGUCUGGUUCGCCUCCCACGACAAGUCCCUCGACACCAUCGAUUCCAGAUGGACGUCCCCGAGCGCUCUCUCGGAUUGGACGACUCCUGCAAAGGUUUUGCAGAGGCAGCUCAAGCGCGAACACCGCCGCCGCAACAAACAAUCCAAGCCGCUCAUAGUCAUCAAGAGGGCUCUCGAGGAGGCAGUCGCACGAGUCCAAGAAGAAAUCUGGGCCCUUAACUAA